AUGGAUCUGCCUGGUUUCUACUUUGAUGAAGAACGCCGCCGCUAUUUUCCCUUGCAUUCACGGGAGCGGCCUUCUUCAGCAAUCAAUCCGCAGCCCCAGCGGCUGACGCCUCCAGAGCGACGGCAGCAGCAGCAGCAGCAGCAACAACAACAACAACAAGAACAACGACUAGAACAUCAACAGUUACUUCUGCAGCUGCUCAGGCACUACCAACAACAGCGAAGGCAACAGGAGCUGCGACGGGAACGGCAGCAGCAACGGCAACGGCAGCGGCAACAGCAACAAGAGCAGCAGCAGCAACAGCAGCAAGAGCAGCAGCAGCAACAGCAAGAGCAGCAACCGCAGCAGCAGCAACAGCAGCAGCAACAGAACAGUGGACAUGCUACAUCCCCUCCAGCUAGGCGACGAAGGCAACACUUGACCUACCAGCAACAACAACAGUACGAACAGGACCAGAUACAGCUGCAGCAGCUGCAGCAGCUGCAGAGAUAUUGUCGGCGUCGGCUACUGGAGCAGCAACAGCAGCAGCAACGGGAGCACCAACGGCAGCAGCAACUGGAGCAGCAACUGGAGCAGGAACGGCACCAGCAACGGCAGCAACACAUAUGUUUGCGGAGGCAGUUCGUGCUGUGGCAGCUGCAGCGCAGCAGCACACCUUCCAACAGAAGGCACAGGGAAAGGCGCAAUAACAGCAGCAGCAGGAGCAGCAGCAUUAGUAGCAGCAGCAGCAAUAGCAGCCACAGCAAAAAUGCCAAGCGACUGGUCAGCAGCAGCAGCAGCAGCAGCAAGGACUUGGGGACUAUUAGUGGGGAUGCCCAAUUAAAGGAAUGCACUGCUGUUGUUGCUGCUGCAGCAGCAACAACAGCAGCAGAAUACAUUCCCCCUUAUCGAAGUCUCUUUCUUGCUGUUCGUAGACACCGUUUAGGCAGGAACAACUGCAGCAGCAACAGCAGCAGCAACCUGAGCUGCUGCUGCAAGAAGUGGCCAGCAGCAGAUGUGAAGUUAAUGGCAUACACUACUGCCCUGCAGCAGGUGCAUCUGCCUCUGCGUAUUGGCUUUGCCCCCUUUGUCUGUCUUGCUGCUGCGGCCUCAUACAUUCCAGCAGCACAGCAGCAGCAGCAGCAGCAGCAGCAGCAGCAACAGCAACAACAGCAGCAGCAGCAGCAAAGGAGGCAAGUUGCCUCCUGCAACUGGCAGCUGCUGCUGUCUGCAGGCGGAGAAGGUGUUAGCCGUUUGCUGCAGUUCAGCGCGAAUGGGGUAUUAAAGCUAUCUACACCAGCAGCAGCAGCAGCAACAGCAGCAGCAGGAGCCGGACAAGCAGCAGGAGCAGCAGCAGCAGCAGGAGCCGGACAAGCAGCAGGAGCAGCAGCAGCAGCAGGAGCCGGACAAGAAGCAGGAGCAGCAGCAGCAGCAGGAGCCGGACAAGAAGCAGGAGCAGCAGCAGGAAGAGCAGCAGGUUCUUUGCUGGCUUCUCCAUCAGGGCGGAGGAGAGGUAGGGCAACCUUGCAACGGCAGCGGCGGCGGCGGCAGCAGCAGGAGCAGGAGCAGGAGCAGGAGCAGCAGCAGCAGCAGCAGCAACAGCAGCAGCAGCAGCAGGAGCAGGAGCAGCAGCAGCAGCAGCAGCAGCAGGGAGGAGCAGCGUUGGAGGAUACUGUGGAUUCAGGGGUACCGCCUGCUGCUGGUGCUUCUGCUGCAGCAGCAGCAGUUGCUGCUGCUGCAGAUGGCCGUAUAGUAGACAUUCAGCUAUGUGGCUCGCUGGCAGUUUGCUGCCUGCGCAGCAGCGCUCGCAACCUUGGAGCCCUUGUGGUGCAGCAAGGUGGGAGCCGCAGCAGCAGCAACGACAGCAGCAGCAGCAGCAGCAGAGUGCUUUGGGCAGAAUGGGAUGCAGCAGAGGAUGCAUGGGCAUGCGCAUCGAGCUUGCCUCCUGCAGGUACAGAUGCAGCAACAGCAGCAGCAGAAGCAGCAGAAAGAGGAGCAACAUCUCCUUGGUUUGUACUAGCAGGUAGGCUGCCUGCAGCACAGCUGCUGCGGCCAAGGGAAGGCCAGGUGCGGCUGCAGCAGGUGUGGGCCCCAACAGCAAAGGCUGAUUGGCUGCUGCCUCGUUGCUGCUGCUCUGCUGCUUGGUGGUCAUCAGCAACACCAGGAUUAGAUGGUACAGCAGCUGCAGCAGAUGCUGCUGGUGUUGCGCUGCUAGGGGGGGAGGGAGGAGGCCUAUAUGCUAUUGAUCCUCGUUGUCCUCUACCAAUGAAGGUUAUGCAGCAGAACGGCAGCAGCAACAGCACCAACUUCACCAACAGCAGCAGCAUUAGCUGUAUACUCCCGCUGCAGCACCAUGUAGCUGGUGUGCUGCUGCGCUGCGGUGUUGAGUCUCUCUAUUUAAUUGACUUAAGAAAACUCUCUUCAGGCAACGCACACAGGCGCCUUGGUGCCUGUGUUGUCCAUGAGUUCCUUCCUCCCCAAAGGCACAACAGCAGCACGUUCUGGUACAGCAGCAGCAACAGAUGGCGUUUUGCUGUUGACAGCAAGGAAGAGAUGAUUUUUGCUCCGUUUCCCUUCAGCAGCAGCAGCUGCAACAGUUGCUGCUGCAGCAGCAGCAGCAACGGCAGCUUCUUACUGUUUGAUAUGAACCGUGGUGGAAGCAGCUACAGAGAGAUUGUAGCAGCUCCGUCUGCAGCAGCAGCAGCUGCAGCAGCAGCAGUAGAUAUGCCUCUAUUUGAGCUGCUUGGCUGCUGCUGUUUGCUGCCUCGUGCUGCAGCAGACCUAAACAGACACAUGCUGCAGCAGGAGGUGUUCAUACACCGCGUACACCACCAAGAUCAGCACGUGCUGGUGCACGAGCCCUUCAUCUACCCUAAUGGCGGCAUCUGCGGCCGCAGGCGCAGCAGAACUGCAGCAGCAGCAGAUACACUGCAGGGGCUGCAGCUGCUGCAGCAGCAGCGGCAGCGGCAAGCCCGCACCGGGAAUGUAGCUACCUGGGAUUGCUUCUGCACUGGGGGACCUGAACAGCAGCAGCAGCAGCGCGAGCUGAGCCAAAUAAAUACUGCAUGCUGUGCGCUGCUGCGACUAGGAGGUUGGCCAUCUGCUGCUGCUGCUGCAGCCCUAAGGGAAUGUAGAGCUGAAGGAGCAGCAGCAGCAGCAGCUGCUGCUGCAGCCGAUGUUGGGGGGCCCGUGUUCGUAGGCGCCAGCACGUGGGGUUUGCAUCUGUUGGUUGCUGCGCCUCCAGACGCCGUCAAUUAA